AUGUUUGUCGAGGUCGACGAGGCGGAAAACAGGCAAAAGAUGAACCGCGGCGAGCUGUAUUACGCCUUCAGCCCGGAUCUCAUCGCCGCCCGGGACCGUUGCCGGCACGCCUGCAAGCGCUACGCCACCAUUGGCGACGUUCCGCGCAGACGCCUGGUCGAGCUGUGGAGGGAAAUCUCCAACGACACCCGGCCCCUGCCGCCGCCCGCCGCCACGCGCGAAGAGGACGACGCCCUCUUCGAAGACGAGCCGUGGAUCGAAGGCCCCAUGCACAUCGACUACGGCUACAACGUCAAGCUCGGCCCCAACGUCUACGUCAACGCCAACUGCACCAUCAUCGACACCCUGACCGUCAGCAUCGGCGCCCGCACCCUGCUCGGCCCCAACUGCGCCCUCUACUCGGGCACCCACCCGCUCGACCCGCUCCUCCGCAACGGCACUCGCGGCCCCGAGUCCGGCGGCGCCAUCCACAUCGGCGAGGACUGCUGGCUCGGCGGCAACGUCGUCGUCCUGCCCGGCGUGACCGUCGGCCGCGGCUCGACCGUCGGCGCCGGCAGCGUCGUGACGAAGGACGUGCCGCCGUUUCACGUCGUCGCCGGCAAUCCCGCCCGCGUCCUCAGGAAGAUCGACACCAUGAUGGAUCCAGAGUACGCGGCCCGGAAGCAGCAGCAGGCUGCGGCGGCGGCCAAUACCGGCCCCGGCGGGAUGAUGACGGCGGAGGAUGUGCUGCACGGGAUGCAGGCGCAUGGGGCCGAGGUGGAGAUGAGGGAGCAGGCGGAGCGGGCGGAGCGGGCGGAACAGGCGGAGCAGGAGGAAGCGAGCCAGCCGCUUGAUGAAGAGAGGCUCUGGCGCGCUUUCGCCGCCAGUGAGAAAGGCGCUGCUGAAGCGGGAGCAUACAAGACGUGA